AUGGAACCCAUCAAGGCUCUCUUAGCGGAAACUCUGCAUCACUUCAUUCACAGAGACUUCCAUGAAGUUGUAGCAAGGAUGACUCUCAUAGACAAGUUUCUCUUCCUGAUGAUACACUCCAUUGAUAGGUUGGGGAUAUGGUCCCGGUUGCCGGUGUUCUUGGGUCUGAUAUAUCUAGCAGUUCGGCGACAUCUUCACCAGGAAUACAACUUGAUUAACGUAGGAAGAACACCGGUUGGUGUUCGGUCUAACCCAGCUGAUUUUCCAUUCAGGACUGCUGAUGGUAAAUUUAACGACCCUUUCAAUGAAACAGCCGGCAGUCAAGGAACUUUCUUCGGCCGCAACAUUCCUCCUGUUGAUCAGAAUGAUAAGCUAUUGAAGCCGGAUCCAAUGGUGGUUGCAACAAAACUACUGGCACGUAGAACAAUGAAAGACAAUGGAAAGCAAUUCAACAUGAUAGCAGCUUCUUGGAUACAGUUCAUGAUUCAUGACUGGAUUGAUCACUUGGAGGAUACCAAUCAGAUUGAACUUACGGCACCAAGAGAAGUGGCAAAUCAAUGCCCACUUCAAUCUUUCAAAUUUUACAAGACUAAGGAGGUUUCUACUGGUUUUUAUGGCAUCAAGAGUGGUUACUUGAACAUUCGAACACCUUGGUGGGAUGGAAGUGCUAUUUAUGGGAGCAAUGCAGAGAGGUUGGGGAAAGUGAGGACUUUCAAAGAUGGGAAGCUUAAAAUAUCAAAAGAUGGCCUUCUUCUUCAUGACCAUGAUGGGACUGUCGUCUCCGGUGACGUUCGUAAUGGCUGGGCCGGCCUUUCCACACUGCAGGCCCUCUUCGUCCAGGAGCACAAUGCAGUCUGUGAUGCCCUCAAGAAGGAGUACCACGAGAUGGAGGACGAAGAACUGUACCGGCAUGCAAGGCUUGUGACUUCUGCUGUAAUUGCAAAGAUCCAUACAAUUGAUUGGACUGUCGAGCUUCUUAAAACCGACACGUUGCUUGCUUCAAUGCGUGCCAACUGGUAUGGAUUAUUGGGAAAGAAAUUCAAAGAAACAUUUGGACACAUUGGAGGAGCAAUAUUAGGAGGGCUUGUGGGUCUAAAGAAGCCUGAGAAUCAUGGAGUACCCUAUUCCUUGACUGAGGAAUUUGUCAGUGUUUAUAGGAUGCACCCGCUUCUGCCCGAUCACCUCCUCCUCCGGAACAUCAACGCUGCUCCGGGUCCUGACAAAUCUCCACCGUUGAUCGAAAAGGUUCCUAUGCCUAAUCUGGUCGGGCAUAAAGGAGAGAAAGCCUUAACAGAAAUAGGAUUUACAAGGCAAAUGGUUUCCAUGGGUCAUCAAUCAUGUGGAGCUCUUGAGCUUUGGAAUUAUCCUCUGUGGCUUAGGGAAAUUAUUCCUCAAGAUGUAGAUGGCACUGAUAGAACUACUCCCGUUGACCUACCUGCUCUUGAAGUUUACAGAGAUAGGGAGAGGAAAGUUGCAAGAUACAAUGAGUUCCGAAGGGGCCUCCUAUUGAUACCCAUAUCCAAAUGGGAAGAUCUAACGGAUGAUAAGGAAGCAAUUGAUACACUCAAACAAGUGUACGGUGAUGAUGUGGAGAACCUCGAUCUAUUGGUGGGUCUCAUGGCAGAGAAGAAGAUCAAGGGAUUUGCCAUCAGUGAGACUGCCUUCAUCGUAUUCGUUAUCAUGGCAUCGAGGAGGCUUGAAGCGGAUAGAUUUUUUACAAACAAUUUUAACGAAGAAACUUACACAAAAAAGGGAAUGGAAUGGGUGAAGAAAACAGAGAGUUUAAAAGAUGUAAUAGAUCGUCAUUAUCCUGAUAUGACAAAUAAAUGGAUGAACUCCACAAGUGCAUUCACGGUGUGGGAUGCACCUCCCAACCCCCACAAUCACAUCCCUUUAUACCUUCGUAUUCCCCAGUGAAGCACAACCUCUAAUUAUAUACUAUUUGGUGUGAACGUUGCUAAGUAAGUUUGUUGUUUUUUUCUUUUUAAAAUGUAUUUCACAUUUAAUAAUGAUUACCUCCAAUAAUUACAUUUAUCAAAUAAUCUAAAAUAUUCAAAGUAAAAUUUCCAACUUUGUUACAUUGUUGUUGUUUAUUAGCCUUGUGUUGUAUACUUGUAUUCCUAUGUGAAAUAUGAUCUUUCAAAGAUUGUAAUAAAA